UUUGUAUAGAAGAUGUUGUUUAAUCCGGGUGCAGUGUUUAUAAAGGGAGAGGAGUUUGGACAGUGAAGGGUUAAACGCGCAGCAGCUCUGAGUGCCCGUGACCGAUGAACCCGCUAAACAUGUGCGGUGGAAACAGCGGGGUUUUACGCAACAACUCCGUAACUGUAGCCAAAGGUUGAGUUAAAGGCGCUGUAUAAUACUGAUCACUGUUCAGCUCCUUUUAUAACAGCCGUAUGUAACUUACUGAAAUGCUGGCAGCUCACGGGUAAGAUCUGACUAUUUAUUCCUGUCUUCAGUCAGUCUGUCUGAACGGGCUGUGGGAGGUGUUUAGACCCUCCGCGGCUCCCGUACUUUGGGAAGUGUUUACCCUGCAGCAGUGUCAGUAUGGAGUGAGGAGGGGAGGUUUAACUUCACAGAUCUGAGAGUAAGAAUGUCCGCCGUCGCUUCUCCUCCCCGCAGGACCCUCAGUCCCGCGGCCGGGCUCCGGGCCCUGCUGUCGGUGGAGCCGAGCCGGGGGCUGGUGGAUGAGAAGUUCCAGAUCGUGGUGAGGAAUCUAACCCCCGGGCAGCAGGUCACCCUCCACUGUGUGCACCAGUCCGAGGACAAGGACUUCUGGGAGGCGUUUGGACACUAUAUCAGCGACCAGCACGGCACUGUAACAGUGGCGAAGGAUGCCAGCGUUGGGGGAACAUAUGAAGGUGUGGAGUCUAUGGGGCUGAUGUGGAGUUUGCAGCCGGUGCCAGGAAGCCGAACAGGACUGAGAUUGCGAAAGAAGGAUGUCCUCUUGCCAAUGGUCUUCCACAUUUCAGUUUAUGAUGGUCACGUGACUCAGGGCUUUAAUCUGAUGACAGCGCUGGUUACCCGUGUUAUAGAGCGCUGGUAUAUGGCGCCUGGUGUACAAAGGGUCAGUGUUGAGGAGAAGGGAAUUCGAGGAACUAUGUUCAUACCUCCAGGCCCCGGACCGUUUCCUGGCAUUCUGGACAUGUGGGGAGGAGGUGGAGGUCUGGUGGAGUAUCGAGCUGCUCUACUGGCAUCACAUGGCUUUGUCGCAUUGGCUCUAGAGUAUCUUUCCACGGCAGAUUAUUAUGGAUCUGAGCUUACAGUCGAUUACUUUGAGAUUGCAUAUGAGAUUCUGCAGGAUCAUCCGAUGGUGCAGAGGGACAGGAUGGCUCUGCUGGGCCUCUCGUUCGGGACCUCUGUAACACUGUCCAUGGCUGCAUACUCCAAAAUCAUUAGGCCCCGGUGUUGUGUGUGUAUCAGUGGUAGUCAUGUUGCUCCUCUUCAAGGGUCUCUGAUUGAAGCCUUUUUAGAAUUUAGCAAGAACAUGCACAAAAUACAGAUGAAGAACAACCAGGUCAUCUGGAGAGAAGUAAUCCUGCCCAUUCCAGAAGACCCAAAGCUGAAAGUGGACGUUGGUCAGAUAAAGUGCCCACUGCUCCUGAUUACCGGUGGUGACGAUCAGAACUGGGCUACAGUUGAGUCUGCUGAAGAUAUUGAGCGCAUAAUGGAAAAGGCUGGGAAUCGCCACCUGCUGCAUACCCUCACUUAUCCCGGAGCAGGUCACCUGAUUGAACCUCCCUACACACCACACCACCGGGCCAGCAACUUUUUGGUGAAUGGUAAAGAGAAAGUGAUCAUGCUCUGGGGUGGACAGACCAAGCCACAUGCAGACGCACAGGAAGACUCCUGGGAGAAAAUUCUGGCCUUUUUACAACAACACCUCUACUUUACUGCUCCACAGGCCAGACUGUAAUAUGGCGUCCACAGAUUACACACCACAGAAUAAUAUGUGGUUUUAGCGCUGUAGUCUCUGAUGCUCUAAAAUAUGUUUUUUUUUUUUUUUACUCUGAUACACUAGGAAUAUUCCCAGGAGCUACAUUUCUAAUAGGAACCAAUCAACUCACUGUAUUGACCUCCAUGUGGUUUAUUGUAUAAAAAAAAUCCAAAUAACUACUAGGAGGCAUUAUCUCAGCUCAAACACUAUUACUUUAGUUUUUGCUUUGUUUUUCAUACCUUCUGCCAUAAGUUAUUAUUCAUAUUUACACUUCAUCAGCCUUAGAGCCUUUGAUGUGUCAUUAAAAGGAAGUUUGAAUAGAGGAAGAUUCUCUGAUCUUAUCUGUUUAUUGUGGAUCUUAUUUUGCAAAGAAUGAAAUACUGCAGACAAUGAUAACCUGCCUAGUGGUACAUGUACUGAUAUACAACGUCCAGCAACAAAUAAGCUUCUGUCUCCGACUUUACUUUAUCUACAAGGUGGGGCAGCUAGAGGUAGGAGUGUGUAAUAGAGUGGAGGACGGUGAGUGAUUAAACACAGUGUUUAAAAACUCCAGCAGCACUCAGUACCUAUAUAGUGGUGAAUAUGAAUAUACUCUAUUCAAUAAUCCUCUAGAGACCCCAAGCCUGGUAUCUAAGCUUUGUUUCAAGAAAUGAUUUAGACGAUCUUGCUUGCCUAAAACAAGUGAAAUUAUCUGUUAGUAAGAUUAUCACUGUAUAAAAUGCUCAAAAAGCCAGCUCUGCCUUUUAUUCAUUUAAACGUCCACAUGAAUCCUGGUGAAAGGGCUGAACUGCAGCCAGGCCAGUUCAGCACACCAACCAUGCUGUUGUGAUGGAGGCAGUAUGUGGUCUUGAAAUAUGCAAGGACUUUUCUAAAUAGGAAGUUGUCUGGAUGGGAACAUAUGUUGUUUUUAAACAUCUACAUUUACUUUUUAGCAUUGAUGGUGCCAUUCCUGAUGUUUAAGUUGCCCGUGCCAUAUGAUGCAAUAAUGCAACCCCACAUCAUGAGAGAUACAAGCUUUUCAACAAGCUGGGUGGUCCCUCUAUUCUUGAGUCUGCAGCACAGUCUCCAUGUUUUCAGAAAUAUCUGUCCAAGAAAUAAUUUUCCAUUUUUCAGUCCAUUUUUAAGUUUUGUCCUAGAGAAGAUGGUGAAGUUCUGGCAGUAUUCCUGAGCUCAUGCAGUGAUUUCAGUACAGAAUCGGUACAGCCUCUUUUUAAUUCUGUGCCACCUGAGGGCCAGAAGAUCACCAGCAUUAAAUACUGACUAUCAGCCUCAUUCCUUACAGACAUGUAUUUUUCUCCAGAUUCACAGUAUCUUUUUAUGAUGUUAUGGGCUGUAGAUAGUGGGGUAUUCAAAGUCUUCACAAUUUUAUAUUUAAAAACUUUUUCUGACAUUGUUCCAUAAUUGUUAGACACACUUUUGGUACAUUAUUUCUGAGAGACUCUGUCUCUCUAAAAUGGCCUUUUUAUACCCAGUCAUGUGUUGCUGCCAACAAGUUCUGAAUGUUUUUUUAUGAAAUGGUAAAGUCUCUCAUUUUGAUCUCAUUUUCAGCACAUGAUAUGUGUUGAAUGUUCUAAUGUGAAUAAAACAUGGGUUUAUGAAAUUUGCAAAUAA